AUGAAGUCAGGAUAUUUCAGUGCGGAAGAGUGGCUCGGCCCGGCCUGCAUCUUCACACCCGACAGCCCGCAAAGUAUGGCAACUGCAGUGCAAAUACUGGCACAAUCUGGGGUCCAAUUUGCGGUGCGCGGAGGCGGGUGGAUGCCCAUACCAGGAGCUGCGAACAUUGAUUCAAACGGAAUCUUGUUGGCCACCACAAACCUAACGGGUCUUCAACUAGCCGACGACCGCAAGUCGAUCUCGGUGGCGUCCGGUCAUAGUUGGGCAGACAUAUACAACUACCUGUCCCCAGAAGGUUUGGCAGUUGUGGGUAGUCGCAUCGGCGUCGUCGGGGUUCCCGGAUUCAUGUUAGGAGGAGGGAUGUCCUUCUUGGGCAACCAGUAUGGAUGGGCGUCAGGGAGUGUUUUGGGCUAUGAGGCUGUUCUAUCCAGCGGGUCUAUCGUCUACGCCACCGCGACGAACGAAUACUCUGAUCUCUUCUGGGCACUUCGCGGAGGCGGCAACAACUUCGCCAUUGUCACCAGGUUCGAUCUCAAGACAUACGAGAUUGAGAAGGUGGCCGUGGGCAAUGUGGCUUACGGAUCCGGCCAGCGUGACUCCUUCCUUGCCGACUUGUACGACUUCUCCCGGAAUGGAGUGCAGGACCAACGAGCUUUUGUCCUCCCGACCAUCUCCUACGUCCCAGCCGCGGAGCCUAACAUCACAUAUUCGGCGACGCUGUUCUACAACGACAACAACGAAACCUCUCCCUCCGCACUGCAACAAUUCCUCCCCCCGCAGGCCAUCCCGAAGACCAGCACUUUUGCAACCCGCACUCUGGCUAACUGGUCAGCCGAGGCCGACCAGGGCUUCGACCAGGUGCACGGCCAGAACUUCCGAUUCCACGGCUUCACCAUGUUGUCGAACCUCGAUGCCUUGUACACCGCGCACGACGUAUUUUUCCAGCUUGCCCAGGAACGCGGCCCAGCGAUCAAAGGGUUCAUCUCCACGCUUGCUAUGAACCCUAUCUCGCGGUCCUUCAUCGAGACGAACCGGGGGGCUGAUCCGGCUGGCGAUCCUAUGGGGAUUGACAGCGAUGCAGGGCCGUACUUUAUGUGUGAGUAA